ACAGUAAAAUUUGAACUGUCAUCUAAAAAUGUCCAACUAGAGGUGGCGAAGCUCAUAAACAGUGAAUUUAUAUUAAAUUUAAUAAAUGCUGAUUUGGACAAACAAAUUUACUAAUUUAACAAACCGUCGUUAAUGUGUCGACUCAUAAUCGUCAACAGUUAAAUGCAAUAGGAUACAGGAAUAUACCGAAUAUACCGCAUAGUGAUGUGAAUACCUGACCUAAAAGUGAAUGCAGCUGAUGUGAAUACGGUGAAUAAUAUCUACCAGUACAAGCAUUAUUCCACUUAGAUCGGAAUCGCUUUUUGUGUUAUACAAUUACAUGUUAUGUACAAAAGUAUAUUGUAAAGUCUAUAUCAGGAAAUAAUACGUGGAUAAAAUCUUUGGUGAUUAACAAUUUAUUGGUGAUUAUUCCUGAAAAAUUAAGAAGAAAACAACUACAAGCAUUAACUACGUGUCAGUACAUCAGCAUUUUGUACCAAGGGAGUAAAUAGUGAUCCGUGUGCAUAAUAGUGAUAACCAGUUUUUGAAGUAAUUUAUAACGGUGCAAUAAAUUUUAUAGACCAUUAUUCCAUCAAUAUCAUCGUUCGUUACCAGCCCUGGAAAUAUUCAAGACACCCACUUUUGGAAUCUUUUGAUUUAUUUAAAACGCCUCCCAUAAGAGUUCAUACCAACUACAACGCAUGCUGUUGAUGAAAUGCGUAAGUCGUGCAACAGGUGAUGAAACUAUAACUUAAUAUCCCGCUAACUUGGAAAAGCCGGAUCACAACGGUAUGGAAAAGUUCCCUCUAAAAGGAACCAAUAUUUCCACAUCAUCUACGGUGGUUGGCACUCAUCCAUUGAGCGGUGAUCAUCCUUCUUAUCAAGCGGUCGGGCGCAAGACUGUAUCGCCAGCUAAUGAAAAGAGUUUCAUAAAUACGACUUCGCUAACAUCGGACGACGAAAUGAUUGACAUUACGCCAAAUAACGUAAGUAAUCCCAACUAUCAGUACCACUCGUCUUCGAACGGUGGAGGAGGAGGCAGUCGAGAAGACGGCGUGGGCGAAGAAAGGUUGGGUGCUGCUGGAAGCGGAUUGGGAGGAAGCAGCCUGCACACCGGCAGUGAUAACAGUGUACGGACAUCGCCCACACACAGCCGAUUUGGGCGAGAUUUUCACUCGGAUCAUGAAGAUUAUGUAGCAGCAGUAUCCUUUUCCAGCACGGUAGAAGGUGUCUCGUUUUCCGGAAUGACCGACAACAGUGACGAUAUACCUGGCAUAGGCCAGUAUGAAGAUUUUCACACGAUCGACUGGCAGCGAGAUAUAGCCCGAGACCGAAUGCGACACCGAUACAUUGUUAAAAAACGACAGGACUCCUUUUGGGAUCUAUUAAAAGGAGCUCACGAUGCGUCAUCUGGAUGGGUUUGUGUCCUAUUGGUAGGAUUAUUUACCGGAUGUGUGGCCGGUGUGAUCGAUAUCGGUGCCAGUUGGAUGACAGAUCUGAAAUUCGGUAUAUGUCCACAAGCAUUCUGGUUGAACCGGGAACAAUGCUGUUGGUCAUCCAAUGAAACAAGCUUCGUCAAUGGGAACUGUUCGCAGUGGUACACAUGGUCCGAGAUAAUCACGUCAUCACGCGAGGGCUUCGGAGCCUAUAUCAUAUCAUAUUUUUUCUACAUUGCGUGGGCUAUGCUGUUUGCGUUGUUAGCAGCAUCUCUGGUGCGAAUGUUUGCUCCUUAUGCAUGUGGUUCCGGUAUACCGGAAAUAAAAACCAUCCUUUCCGGAUUCAUCAUUCGGAGCUACUUGGGCAAGUGGACGCUCAUCAUAAAGUCCGUCGGUUUGAUACUAUCCGUAUCGACGGGCCUGAGCUUAGGAAAGGAAGGUCCAAUGGUGCACAUAGCGAGCUGUAUAGGUAAUAUAUUAUCGUAUCUGUUUCCAAAGUAUGGAAGGAACGAGGCGAAGAAGCGUGAAAUAAUAUCCGCAGCUGCGGCAGCUGGUGUAUCCGUUGCCUUCGGAGCGCCUAUUGGCGGAGUAUUAUUCAGUUUAGAAGAAGUUUCAUAUUACUUCCCACUGAAAACGCUAUGGCGAUCGUUCUUUUGUGCAUUAAUUGCUGCGUUUAUUCUGCGGUCGAUCAACCCGUUCGGUAACGAACACUCUGUGCUGUUCUACGUGGAGUACAACAAACCUUGGAUAUUCUUUGAAUUGGUGCCUUUCAUUGGACUUGGAAUAAUUGGGGGCGUGAUCGCAACACUCUUCAUCAAAGCCAAUCUCUGGUGGUGCCGUUUCAGGAAGUUCAGCAAGUUGGGACAGUAUCCCGUAACCGAAGUGUUGGUAGUUACAUUCAUCACCGCUGUUAUAGCUUACCCGAAUCACUACACGCGGAUGAACACAAGCGAAUUGAUCUAUUUGCUGUUCAGUCAGUGUGGCAUUUCGAACAGGGAUUAUUUGUGCGAUUACAAUCGUAACUUCACCGAUGUCAACUCAGCUAUUGAAAUCGCGGCAGCUGGGCCUGGAGUCUACAAAGCGAUAUGGCUAUUAACAUUGGCCCUCGUGAUGAAAUUAGUUAUGACCAUUUUUACAUUUGGUAUGAAAGUCCCUUGUGGAUUGUUCAUUCCAUCACUUGCAUUAGGAGCUAUUAUGGGUCGCAUCGUUGGAAUUGGAAUGGAACAACUGGCUUACCAUUAUCCCAAGAUUUGGAUUUUCUCCGGAGAAUGCUCAACGGGUGAUGAUUGCAUCACACCGGGAUUGUAUGCUAUGGUAGGAGCCGCUGCAGUGCUGGGAGGUGUGACCAGAAUGACAGUUUCUCUUGUUGUCAUUAUGUUCGAACUCACCGGAGGAGUGCGGUAUAUCGUUCCACUCAUGGCAGCGGCAAUGGCAUCCAAAUGGGUGGGAGAUGCUCUCGGCAGACAGGGUAUUUAUGAUGCACACAUUGCACUCAAUGGUUAUCCGUUCUUGGACAGUAAAGACGAAUUUCAGCAUACGACCUUAGCUGCCGAUGUCAUGCAACCAAAGCGGAAUGAAACAUUAUCGGUUAUUACUCAGGACUCAAUGACGGUGGACGACAUCGAGACCUUACUCAAAGAGACUGAACAUAACGGCUAUCCCGUAGUUGUUUCCAAAGAGAAUCAAUAUCUCGUAGGAUUUGUCUUGAGAAGGGAUCUCAAUCUUGCGAUAGCAAAUGCCAGGCGGAUGAUUGACGGCAUUGCGGGGCAAUCACUGGUGAUAUUUACAUCAGCGCAACCGGUUCAAAAUCUCGGACCAUCGCCGCUGAAGCUUAAGAAAAUUCUAGACAUGGCACCCAUUACCGUGACCGAUCAAACUCCAAUGGAAACCGUCGUUGACAUGUUCCGCAAACUUGGAUUGAGACAAACGCUGGUGACGCAUAAUGGACGACUACUGGGUGUGAUAACCAAAAAAGAUGUCCUGCGCCACGUCAAGCAGAUGGACAACGAGGAUCCUAAUACGGUUUUGUUCAAUUAGUAAAAUUGGCUUCCAGUAACACCUCCCCACUUGAGUCCUACUUAAAACUACGAAUUUGUAGCUAAUCAUUUCGUUUUACCUACAUCGUUUAUAUUUAUUUAGAGCACACAUUAUCCAAAUAGGACCUUUUCCCAGAAAGUGAUGAAUGGUUGCAAUAAAAAUUGAACAAAUAACAUAAAAAGAUAUUCACUGGAUACAACAGGAACCAAGUUUUAUUAUUGAUACUGAUAUUUUUAUAGUUUAAUUUAGAAUCAGUUAAAAUUUACCCAAGCAUAGAAAAUGAAGAGCGUCAUAUGAUAUAUAUUAUACAGUUCUGUUAUCGGAUUUAUAGUAUACACAUUGAAUUUUUUCAAUAUAAUAUAUGAUUUAUUAGAGCAAAGGUAAAUUGUUUCGAUCAAUUAAUUUAGGCUGUUUUUGAGUAUUAGAAACAAAUGAAAUCAUUAAAGUAACUGAAUUGUAAAAAUUUUAUACAGCGUUAUCCCAUUUUUGUAUUGUAUAUUGAAUGAAAAAGCAAGCUUCUAUAGUGAACGAUUCUGAUAGCUUACCGCAAUACUCGUGUCGUUAUCAGUAGCAAUCGUUAUCUAUAGAAGGAUAAGAAGUUAGCUUUACAUAAGGAAAUCCAGCCAAGCCAACAGCAGCAUAACUCAUUGAAAAAUAAAUAAAUUGUAUAUUUAUGUAACAAAA